AUGAAGGACAUAGAUGCCAAGUGCUACUCUGAAGAAGAAGUUGGCGCAGACUCCGGGAAAAACGCCGACUCCGGGAAAAACGCCGACUCCGGGAAAAACGCCGACUCCGGGAAAAACGCCGACUCCGGGAAAAACGCCGACUCCGGGAAAAACGCCGACUCCGGGAAAAACGCCGACUCCGGGAGAAACGCCGACUCCGGGAGAAACGCCGACUCCGGGAAAAACGCCGACUCCGGGAAAAACGCCGACUCCGGGAAAAACGCCGACUCCGGGAAAAACGCCGACUCCGGGAAAAACGCCGACUCCGGGAAAAACGCCGACUCCGGGAAAAACGCCGACUCCGGGAAAAACGCCGACUCCGGGAAAAACGCCGACUCCGGGAAAAACGCCGACUCCGGGAAAAACGCCGACUCCGGGAAAAACGCCGACUCCGGGAAAAACGCCGACUCCGGGAAAAACGCCGACUCCGGGAAAAACCUGAGCUGUGUCCGUGGCGUUAUUUAUCAGCACCAUUACUAA